UCCUAAAAGUCGGCGCGGUAUAUCUUGCUGUCGAUAUUGAAACUCCUACCAUAUCCUCACCAUAAAGGCAGAGUGUCUAAAACAGCCAGCGGGAACAGCGGACUGAUGGGGGGCGAGUCUGUCUCUCGUCAUAAAAUUGUGUAUUUCUCGAGUUUUUGAUUUUGCUGUGCCUGGAGACCACGGCUUGAUUAAGUGGAUACCAAUGUGGAAUACGUUGCCGACGCAGUUAGCACUGUUGUUUUUUAAUAUUUUGCAUCCGCCCCUCAACGUCCCCGCUUUGUCCAUUUCGUUGAAUCAAGAUAUCGACACAAACAAGGAACUCGUCGGGUAUGGAUCGCCGAAUUCGAUUUCUGGAUUUCUGGGUUCUGUGCCCAACUAUCUUGUCUACGUCAAUACGUUGAUGUUCUACCGUGUCGGAGGAGGAAAUAGAAUCGCAGGGUUAAUGCUUGCUCUUGUGACCCUUCUCAUCCCGCUGGUCGGCACGGCACCAGUUGCAUACAUCCCGUUCGUCGUCGUCGGUGCAUUAAUUUUUGCGCUUGGAAUUGACCUUGUCGAGGGGACACUGUGGGAUACAAAGUAUCGCGACUGAGUAUGUGACCAUCGUGAGCAUCAUGGUGACGAUGACUGUGGCAUUUCAUGAUUGGCGUGCUGUUCGGGAUAAUUGUCAGUUGUGUUUUCUUUGUCGUACAGAACUCGCGGCGGCGGAAUAUUCAAGCAUGCUACCCUGGCAGCGCAAUCAUGUCCACUGUCCGCCGUCCUGCUGCA